GCUUAUCCAGAUAAGUGCUUCGAGCGAGGCCCACGUUUCUUUAGCUGAAGGGGAUCUUGGCUGUUUCUUCUCAAACCUCCACCAGUGCUGCAAGUACAAUAGCAAGAAAUCAGCCGAACCUAGACAGCACGAGCAGGUAGGCAUUUCUUUCUCUCGCGGACCCAGAAGAAUGGAAGUUAAAAUUAUUUCCUUGAAAGACAACGCUUUAAACUAGACGAAACAUCACUAGUUCUCUGUGUUUUCAGAUGAUAGUAUCAAACGAACGACGUUCUUAGGCGCUAAUAUGAAACGUUUUGAAGAAACUCUUCGAUGAAUUGAGUCGAAAUCAAAAGACAAUGGGUAACAAGAACUGUACAGCUUGGAACUCGAUUCUCUUUCCCGAGAAUGAAGAAGAAGAGCGAUUAAAUGAAUGGUUGAAGAGUACUACCAGCUCGCCGAUGACUUGGGAGUACACACCAUCAUUCCCAUCUGGCGCUGACAUCUUACCAGUUCAACCUGUUUAUAAACCUGACGUACGAGAACUCCGAUUCAGACAUGAAAACGAGAAAGAUAAAUUGAGGAAAGACAGAGAUUCUAGAGGUAAAGGUAGUGAAAAUGAUGUCGAGGAAGUUGGUAAUGGGCAAACAUUGAUGAAUGGAAGUGAUACUAAUAGAAAUUUUACAAAGUUGGAGAAAAAGGAGAAUACAAAAACACACGACGAAAGAGAGACAGACACGUCGAGAAAACAGAAUCCCAAGAGACGCUUCCCAACAGGUCGAGUGUACAUCUCUAUAUCACAUGACCCCAUCACUAGAAGAAUCAAAGUGGCGGUCAUCAAAGCCAAGAAUCUAAGUUGCAAGCAAAUAGGACCGAAAGAUAAUUGUGGGAUAAACUGCGCAGCAUCUUACAUGGAUGUUUCUCUGUACGAGGGUGAUCAAGUAUGGCAAUCCUUCACUACAGCCAUCAAGAAAGGAUAUUCACAGGUCCUAUAUUACGAGAAUUUUGCCUUUGAUACAAACAAUCUGAACUUGAGAGAGGUAUCAUUAGUGAUAACAGCAAGACACAGCCAUAAACAACACUUCAUUAAACAUAGCCAUGAUAUUGGUAAAAUAAUACUUCAAGCACAAAUGAAUGAUGACACUAUGAUCGAUAGCCACCUUGUAGAGGCUGUAGUAAAGCCAGGAAUUACAUUGUAUAAGUGGCACACGUUAUGGAGUUGAAUGGUAAGAUAGCUAGAUACAGUGAUAUAGUACACCCAGGACAUACAUUAUAUAGGUGAUACACGUUAUGGAGUUGAAUAAUAACGUAGAUAAGAAAGAGAUAACCAAAAAGAACACAUAAAAGAAAAAAUAAAUAAAACAACUCAAUCAUGAUUCCAUAA